AAGGACACAUCACAAGCUGGACAGCCAGCCCUCAGCCAGAGAUGACCGGUUUCUUAUCAAACCUGGUACAGUACAAGGGGCUCUUUCGAAUGAUCACUGUCCUGGGGAUUGGUGGCACGUUCCAGAUCGGCUUUCAAAUUUCUACCAUCACCUACAUGUCUCAGCAUGUUAAGGCUUUCAUUAAUGAAACUUGGCUGGAGCGUUAUGGCUAUCCCAUCCAACAGGAUAACCUCUUGUUCCUGUGGUCCAUCACUGUGUCCAUCUUUGGCAUAGGAGGUCUCUUGGGUUCUUCAGGAAGCAGAUACCUCACUGUCAAAUUUGGCAAAAAGAAAUGUCUCUUGUGCAACAAUGUGCUCAUGAUAGUGGCAGCAUCUAUCAUGGGCUGCAGUAAAAUAUCCCAGUCCUUUGAGAUGGUUCUAAUUGGACGCUUCAUGUGUGGAGUAAGUGCAGGUCUUUGUGUUCCUCUUCACCACCAAUACGUCGGAGAAAUUUCCCCCAGGAAGCUCCGUGGAUUUGCAAACUCUACUUCCUCUUUCUUUUGGUCACUGGGAAAAGCCAUAGGGCAAAUUUCAGGACAAAGGGAGCUGCUGGGCAGCCAGUCACUGUGGCCCAUGCUGAUGGCCUCCUGUGGACUCCCAGCACUGGUCCAGCUGGUCACGCUUCCCUUCUUCCCAGAGUCCCCACCCUAUCUCCUCAUGCAAAAAGGAGACCAGGAAGGCUGUGAAAAAGCCAUAAGGCAGCUUUGGGGUGAAGGCCAACACCAAGCAGAGAUUGAUGACAUCAUGAAAGAGAAGGCAACAAUGAAAAACACCAAGAUCUUGAGUGUCCUGGAACUAGUGAAAGAACCAGCUUUCCGUUGGCAGCUGUACAUGAUAGUUAUUCUGACCGCCACAAUUCAGCUAUGUGGCAUCAAUGCAAUUUAUUUUUAUACUUUUGAAGUCCUCCAGGCAGCUGGCUUUGAUGAAAAAAUGGCCUCCUAUAUGACCCUGUCUAUUGGACUCUCUGAACUCGUAGCUGCUGUAGUCUGUAGCUCCAUCAUUGAGCGACUGGGCAGGAAAGUGCUCCUAAGAGGAGGCUACUGGAUCAUGGGUUCCCUGCUAGCUGCUAUCACCGUGACUCUGUCCCUACAGGACUGGUACUUCUGGAUGCCAUACUGCAGCCUUGCUCUCAUUAUCCUGUUUACAGUUGUCUUUGCUGUUGGGCCAGGUGGUGCCACAGUUUCCACCAGGGUUGAAAUUUUCAAGCUGUCCUGCAGACCUCCUGCCUUGGUGAUCAGUGCUGUUAUGAACUGGCUGGGGGUGUUUGUGAUCGGCAUCUCCUUCCCGUUCAUCGUGGAAAGACUCAAGCACUUCUGCUUUCUCAUCUUUAUGGUAGUACUUUUCACUUCAGGAAUAAUUAUCCACCUGUUCCUUCCAGAAACAAAAGGGAAAUCAAUCAUGGAAAUCACAGAAGAAUUCAAUAAGCUAAACUUUAAAAACAAGCAUAUUCCAGCAACUCCAAAUCAUGUCACAGAGGAUUAUACCUUCUGCACCAGGCUUUGA